CAUUGUACUUCCUCAUUACCAAGCUAUAUAAACUUGCACACUGACCUACUUUGACAGCAGAAGAACAAGGUAUCAAACUCAGAGGACUUCAAACUUUCUGACCUUUAGACCUAAGGAUGUUAUUGAUCAUCUGUGUGUCACUGCUGGCGGCCUCCACUCUGGGCCAACUGGAUAGAGCCUCAAUGGAUGCCCAGUGGGACCAGUGGAAGAUCACACACAGCAAAAUCUACAGUGAACCGAAAGAAGAACAGGUUCGCAAGGCCAUCUGGGAGAAGAACAUGAAAAUGAUCAUUCACCACAACAAGGAGGCAGCGCAGGGCAUGCACAGCUAUGAGAUGGCCAUGAACAUGUUGGGAGACAUGACACCAGAAGAGGUGAUUAACACGAUGACCGGCCUUCGGGUCCCCCAGAUCCAUCAGCGCAACUCCACCACAGCUCUGAACUACAGUGAGGCCAACCUCCCCAAAUCUAUCGACUACCGCAAAAAGGGCAUGGUGACAUCAGUGAAGAACCAGGGUUCCUGUGGUUCCUGUUGGGCCUUCAGUUCAGCCGGGGCGCUCGAGGGCCAGCUGGCCAAGAAGACAGGUAAGCUAGUGGACCUCAGUCCUCAGAACCUGGUGGACUGCGUCAAAGAGAAUUAUGGCUGCGGAGGAGGAUACAUGACCACCGCUUUCAAUUAUGUGAAGGAAAAUGGAGGCAUCGACUCUGAGAAGGCCUACCCAUAUGUCGGAACGGACAAUCCGUGCAGAUAUAAUGUGUCAGGCAGGGCAGCCCAGUGCAAAGGCUUCAGCGAGGUCCCAGUGGGCGACGAGAAAGCGCUGGCUGUCGCUGUGUAUAAAGUGGGUCCGAUAUCUGUGGGCAUUGACGCCAUGCAAAGCAGCUUUUUCUUCUACCAGAAAGGUGUUUACUUCGACCCCAACUGUAACAAAGAAGACAUCAAUCAUGCUGUGCUGGCAGUGGGCUAUGGAGUGACCCCCAAAGGGAAGAAGUACUGGAUCAUCAAGAACAGCUGGGGCAAGAGCUGGGGCAAGAAUGGUUACAUCCUGAUGGAACGAAACCGUGGCAACCUCUGUGGCAUUGCCAAUCUGGCCAGUUACCCCAUCAUGUGAGGGGACCAUGGUGGAGCUCAGAGGAAGGGACAACAAGGGACAACAGCUUUGACUACUACACACAAAACCUACCCUUAAAAAUGUACAGAAUUUAUUUAAAAACUAAAGCAACAACAAAAAAAUACAUGUUUAUGCUUUUUCUCCCCCAACAACACCCACAUUUUUGAAUUACUGUACAAUAAAAACUAAUUCAAAUUGAACUUUUCUGGAAUGAAAAGAGAUAAAUGUUAGACUCUUGGAUUGAGGCACCCUAAAAAGUCUGAUGAGGAUGUUACUUGAGUUAUUUGAAGCACUUUGAACCCCUGAAGUCUUUGCACUUUUAUUCUCAAAGCAGCAGAUCUCAGUGAUGGUCGGCCCCACAAAGAAUCACAUACAGCUUUAGGCACCCCCAGGCCAUGGUGUUAAGAGCCUUUACCCACAACACUGAUUGGUUUUGUGCAACGUGCCAAUUUUAAUCUACAAACCCACCAGGCACAACCAACAUUUUACUGUGUUUGGCUGGUAGUCUGAGCUAGUUCCAGUCUCUAGUUUUAAUUACAGUUUGUGUGGAAGCUGUCAGUGGAGGCUGAUCCUUUCCUGUUGACACAGAAUCAGUUCCUUUAUAACUGUAAAAUUUUUACUUGAUCAUGUCAGAUGCAAAUUUUGGCUUAAACACUCUGAGUUGUAAAUGUACCCAGUAGUGAAACAAAAUAUUAACUAGCAGGCCCAUCCAUCCAUCCAUCCAUUUUCCAAACCGCUUAGUCCCAAACGGGGUCACGGGGGGCUGGAGCCAAUCCCAGCCACCUGCAGGCCCCUGAAAACUAAACUAUAUCAGGUCACCGGGUGGAGCAGUGGUUAGCACUGUCGCCUCACAGCACGAAGGUUCUGGGUUUGAGCCCCCGGACCAGGUGCCUUUGUGGAGUUAGCAUGUUCUCCUUGUGCCUGCGUGGGUUCCCUCCGUGUACUCCAGCUUCUUCAGACAGUCCAGUUCACUAUAAGAGUGAACGUGGGUGGCUGUCUGUCUCUAAAGCUGCUUUUCCAUCGCCUGGUACCAACUCAGGUUAACUCUACUCACUUUCGGUACCUGGGUGCCUGGUUUAUCGCUGCAGAUGGUCCCCUCUCGGUGUAGCUGGUUGUCAUAGCAACACCGCAUUACACUGACGUGAUGUUGUCAGCAACACUGAAGGGAUGCUGUUCUUGAUUCUCAGUAUGUGGCUGUUUUUAGUUAGUACAGUAAAGUAGUGGUUAGUGUUAAAUAACAUUGCUUCUAAAAAUGGUGCUUUCUUUGUUCCAGCACAUCUCGCAGGUUUGUGCCAUGAUUUCUCUGAUAAGCAGCUAGUCUGCAGCGUUUAAAUGUCACCAUUUAGUACCACCUUUGUUUGCUUGGAAGCUUGACAGAGGUGAUACCAAAAAUAGCACCAAGUACAAACCCCAUUUGGCUGAUGAAAACACAAAUCAGGCAAGUCAAGUUGAGUCAACCGUCAUGGUGAAGAAGGAGCUGAGCUGUAAGGCGAAGCUCUCGAUUUACUGGUCAAUCUACGUUCCGACUCUCA